GGAGGGAACAUCUUGACGGUAGGGUACAUGAGUUUGAUAUUUCGUGCCUUAUUAAGCCGUUUAUAUGCACCGCGGCGUUCAGCUGGCUCCAGCCAUCCGGGGAUUUGAAUUCCAGUUGCGAGAUGAAGGUUUUUCUUGUAUUGGUUUUCGUCUUGGUCAAUUUCUCUGUAGCACACCAUCAUCAUCAUCAUGGCCGUCUCUCUGACAGCGAUGAGGUAAGAACGAACUGUUAUCACUUCAGCAGCGAGUCUGACAGUGAUGAGAGACAUCAUCGACCCAAACCUCACGGGCCUUUAUUCCCUAUCUGGCCUCUGUUUCCUGGUCUUUGGCCGAGACCACCUCCUCCACCUCAAACGGCAGCAACCACAACUACAACCACGAAGACAACAACAACAAUAGCUACCACCACUAGGCCACGAGGAGACAACGACUGAUCUGAGAUCAAGACGAGCAGCUCUGAGGAGCGCGCUCCAAUGACGCGACGAAGAAAUGUAUGCUGCACUUUGAUACACUUAGUCGAUUGUGUGUUCAUUUUUGUGCUGAAGCUGCAGGUCAAUCAGAUUUUAUUGGCUUUUAUAAAAAAUAUUUGUGUAGGACUUUGCAUAUUUUCACGUUCAGUAUUGGUUUUUGGAGACGUUCCAUUUUCCCAUGUGUGUUUUAUCGACUCCACUCCCUUUAAUCAGGGCGACCGCAGCUAUGUAAAACAUAUGUGUUAUGAUUCGGUGUGUGAAAAAUUGUGCACUUAGUCAGCAUUUUGUCAGAGGUCGAUCUUGCAGACACCAGCGGGAGGGUGCUGAUGACGCGCCUGUGUAAUAUCCACUCUGUGGGCUCAUGCAUCACCAUCUGUGGAUCAGCACAGCUUAGGAAAGGGAUGAGACCUAAGCUGGUAAUACCAGACAACGUGCUUUACCACUGAAAUCUGCAGUGCUGUAUUAUUUUAUCAUUAUUAUUUUAUCUUGACUCACUCAUCUUGACCAGUAGUUUUAAUUCGUUGCACUGCACUGCUGUCACUCUGAUAUAUAUACAGAGUUUUUUUUUAUUCAUGUAGCCUACAGUAUCAUUGAUGGAGUUUGCUGAAACAGUGAAUGUAAUUGAAUUUCCACAUUCUUAAUAAUAUACUGUAAGUAAAUUUUCCUUUUAAAAAACUAUUUAAAUGCACUGAAUGAGGACUUUUACAUGUUUUAAAAUUUGAUUUUGGUUUUAAAAAAAUAAAGUUUGAUUCAACUGAA